AUGGAUCGUAAAAAGAAAUGUGCACUUUUAUUGCUUAGGAGAUACAGGAAAAAGAAACAAAGAAGAUUUUGGGUUCAUCCAUUUAUUACUAUUAUGAAUCCCGAUGGAAACUAUUUUCUUCUAAAAUAUAAAGCUUUGAAAACCGACGAAAAAAAUUUUUUGGAGUAUUUUAGAAUGAGCAUAUCUUCAUUCGAAGAGCUUUUAAGAUUAUUAUCACCCUAUCUUCAGAAACAAUCGUACAAGGGGAGAAUUCCUGUUAUGCCUCUGGAAAUGAUUGGCCUCACUAUCCGAUUCCUAGCGACCGGAAAUGAAAUCAGAAAUAUACAUUUAGAUUAUUAUCGAGGAAUAAGUACAGUUGCUAAGAUAAUACGAGUAGUUUGUAAUGCAAUAUGGAAAUUUUGUUUAAAUGCAAACAUACCAAAAAUAACACAACAGCUGUUUGAAGAAAUAGCUGCGGACUUUGACAAGAAAGCCAAUUUCCCUAACUGUAUUGGAGCCGUUGAUGGGAAACAUAUUCGUAUUCGUAGUCCCCGAAAAAGUGGAUCACUUUUUUUUAAUUACAAGGGCUACAAUUCAAUAGUUUUGUUGGCUAUUGUGGACUCGAAAUACAGAUUCAUCUAUGUGGACAUAGGAGCAUAUGGAAAGGAAAGUGACUCCACUAUUUUCCACAACACGAAACUGUACGACUUACUGAUGAGAGAUGAUUUGCCUACACCAACAUCAAGGCCGUUACCGGGCUUUCAAGAACCGGUUCCAUUUGUUUUUGUCGGAGACGAAGCUUUUUCUAUUUCGAAUAAUGUCAUGCGUCCUUAUUCUGGCAAGCAUUUGUCUGUUAAACAAAGAGUAUUCAACUACCGUUUGAGUAGGGCAAGAAGAUAUGUCGAGUGUACUUUCGGCAUACUGGCCAAUAAGUGGCGAAUAUUUCACCGGCCCAUUGGUAUUGGAGGGCGUACCAGGAUUGGAUCUGCUCCAGGCGAUCUUGGCCUAUUGGAGCACACCCAACCCCGCCCUAUUACCUAUCACCGGCCCAUUAACGUUUCAUAUGAUUUUGCAAUAGAUAUUGUUAAGGCUUGUUGCAUACUACAUAACUUUGUAAUUAACCGUGAUGAAUUAGACACCCCUAUUGAAAUGAUCAUAGAUGAUUCCGAACUACAACCACUUCAACAAGGGUUGAAUGUAGGUAGUCAGGUGGUAAGUGCAAAUAUAAUUAGAAACGAAUAUUCGGAUUACUUUACUAGUGAAGUUGGAGCAUUAAGCUGGCAACUACAAAAAAUUUAA